UAAAGGCCAAAACAUUUCGCGUUUUCGCUCGCAACGUGUAAACCCUAAACCCUUGUGCUGCUGGGGCCUGCAAAUUGGGUCCGGUAAAUCUCCGGUUUCGCUCUGCUCACAGCGUCCUUCGUUCAUCGUCGGCAGACCUAUUGCUAAGCAAGGAGGAAUAUGAAUUUCAACAACGUUAAGGUUCCCAAAGUGCCAGGCGGUGGUGCAGCUUCUGCUUUGCUUAAGGUGGGAAUAAUUGGUGGGCUUGGCUUGUAUGGAGUUGCCAACAGUAUAUACAAUGUCGAGGGAGGGCAUAGAGCCAUUGUGUUCAACCGUAUAAUUGGUGUCAAAGACAAGGUUUACCCAGAGGGGACACAUCUUAUCAUUCCCUGGUUUGAGAGGCCAGUCAUUUAUGAUGUCCGUGCACGACCUCAUCUGGUGGAGAGUACUUCUGGCAGCCGCGAUCUCCAAAUGGUGAAAAUUGGGCUUCGAGUUCUUACUCGUCCUGUACCAGACCAGCUUCCUACAGUUUAUCGUACUCUUGGUGAGAAUUAUAAUGAGAGAGUCCUUCCUUCUAUUGUUCAUGAAACUUUGAAAGCUGUUGUUGCACAGUAUAAUGCCAGCCAGCUCAUUACUCAGAGAGAGACUGUUAGUAGGGAAAUACGAAAGAUUUUGACUGAAAGGGCAGCCAAUUUCAACAUUGCGCUGGAUGAUGUGUCAAUCACCACCCUCACUUUUGGGAAGGAGUUCACCGCUGCAAUUGAGGCCAAACAAGUGGCUGCACAAGAAGCUGAGAGAGCUAAAUUUGUUGUGGACAAGGCUGAACAAGACAAGAAAAGUGCUAUCAUCAGAGCAGAGGGUGAGGCCACAAGUGCCAAGCUGAUUGGUGAAGCUAUUGCGAACAAUCCGGCAUUUAUUACACUGAGGAAGAUUGAAGCUGCAAGAGAGAUUGCACAUACAAUCUCAAAUUCAUCGAACAAAGUUUACUUGAACUCAGAUGAUCUGUUGUUGAACCUUCAGGAGAUGAAUUUGGACUUCAACCGGAAGAAAUAGGCUCUGCAGGUUGUACCUGUAAUCUUUUCAAUUUUCGGAUUGUAAAAUUGUGGAAAUAUUUCCUUUAAAAGUUGAGUAAUGGACCUUAAAAGUUCAGUCUUUUGACGCACCACCAGUUGGCAUGGCCAGCGGCUCUCAGUGGAGAUAAAUUUUAAACAUUUAAUGGAACUUUUGAGGGUGCAGUUACUGUUAGGCGUUUCGCAUGUUGACA